AUGACAGUCAAAUGUGUCGAAUACAAAGAUGUUGAAGCCUGUGUGCACAAAAGUAGCCUUCUGCUCUCCACUUCUGGUUGUUUUCGUCUUCGAUACGAUUAUCCAGCUACUUACUCCGGCAUAGGUAAUGGAGAUUCACCUGAAAGCUCCGCAGCGCCAAUCGAUGCUUUUUUAGUGGUUAACGGCAAAUCUGAUGUUCUUUACAGCAAAACGGUCUCGCUACAGACGUGGCUCUUUGGAUAUGAAAUGCAGGAUACAGCGAUAUUGUUCACAAAGAGCGGAUUGUAUAUUCUCAGCAGCAAGAAAAAGACUGAAUUUUUAAAGGGCACCAAGACAGCCUCCUUAAAGGACUUGACAGUUACUCUUCUUACAAGGACACCGGAGAAUAGUGAUAAAGAGAAUAUCUCUAAACUCGCUAACGCCUUUGCCUCUAGUGGAAAGGGUCAGGUGUUGGGGCAUUUCAUAAAAGAAAAAUUCGAAUCCGAGUUUGCAAAGGCCUGUGGCGAGGCCGUAAAAUCAAAGGCUAAGGAAUGUGUUGAUGCAUCAAACAAAGUUUCACACCAAUCCCUUUCCGAUGGAUGCCAAGAUGCUUUGAAGAACAAAGAAAUCAUCAAGGGCUUCCAGGCGAAUAACCUCGAAAUGUGUUAUGAUCCAAUAAUUCAAAGUGGAGGGAACUAUGCCCUGAAAUUCAGCGUCGAGAGCUUCGCCACGGGAAUAGAAUUUCGAGAUGGCUGCCAACUCAUUGGACCCAAGAGCACGUCUGUCUUCCGUAAGGGCAUGUCAGUCAAUGUGAACAUCGGCUUCCAAGUUAGUGCCAUUUAUUUUAUCUGCUUCGCUAAGCUGAAACCUCUGAUGAGUCUCUUGUGUUGGUUCCGCAUUCUGCCUAAGGGGUUAUCGAGCAUUCGGUGUUCCCUUGUGGAGUAUUUUCUGUUUUUAGUCACCAGUUUCGCUACUGUCAUUAUCAUUGGCUGCUUUCACGGGUAA